GGAUUCAUAUAAGGAAGCAUUUGGGGCAGAUUAGAGCGGUUGGGAAAAAACGGCAUGGGCUGCCUCCUGAAGGGGUCAGUAUUCCAUUCUUGGUUACUCAGGAUCGGAAGAAAUCUUGAUGGAGGAGUCCUGGAUGGGAUUCCAGAGAUUUUGAGUUUCUAGACAACGCCUCAGACCGUAGAAGAACGUAGCCCGACCUGCCGAGGCCAGCCUCGUCCUGCCCUCCUCCAGUUGUGCAGCUUUCCUGCUGAGAAGUCCUAAAAUUUGACCGGGGGACUGGGAACCCCGCCCCCAAGCUGCCGCGCGCUCUGAAACUCCGUUGCUGUGGAGACGGAGGCGGUUGACCCAAGGAUUCUGAACGGGGUUGGGGGAGGGGAGCCGACGUAGUUCAGGAACUGGGCGAGGCUUCGGUUACUGUGGUAGCGGGGACGCUUAGGCAGGGCCUGCGCCCAGUUCAGAGGCCAAUGCUUCUCCCGUCCUUUGCAUGGCACCCAAGAAGGAGAAAGGAGGGACUGUGAACACCAGUUCUAAGAUAUGGGAACCCUCGCUCAUAGCUGCACAGUUCAAUCAGAACGAUUGGCAGGCCUCCAUUGCUUUUGUGGUUGGGAACCAGAUUGAAGAUGAUCUUCUCAUCCAAGCCCUUACCGUGGCUGUCCAGGUCCCUCAGCGUAAACUCUUCAGUAUGGCGUCGUGGCAAGACAUUCUCCAGCAGAUUAAUGAAAUAAAUACACUUGUUGGAUCUGCUUCAUCUAAAAAGGCAAAAAAACCUGUAGGCGGUAAUGCUCCUUUAUAUUAUGAGGUGUUAACGGCAGCAAAAGCAAUUAUGGAUAGUGGAGAGAAAUUAACCUUACCACUGAUAGGGAAACUCUUGAAAUUUCAACUUCUCCAGAUUAAAUUUAAGGACCAACAGCGACGGGAAAAUGAAAAGAAGGUAAUAGAAGACAAACCUAAGUUAGAAAAGGAUAAAGGGAAAGCAAAAUCUCCCAAGGAGAAAAAGGCUCCAAGUGCCAAGCCUGCCAAAGGAAAGGGAAAGGAUCAGCUUGAGGCAAACGCACCAGUGAAAAAGACCACCCAGUUAAAGCGGAGAGGAGAAGACGACCACACCAAUCGUUACAUUGACGAUGAGCCAGAUGAUGGUGCCCAACAUUACAUUAUAGUUGUGGGCUUCAACAAUCCUCAGCUAUUAGCAAUUAUGGCUGAGCUUGGCAUUCCUAUAACCAGCGUGAUUAAAAUAUCUUCAGAGAAUUAUGAACCUCUGCAGACACACCUGGCAGCAGUUAACCAGCAGCAGGAAGUUCUUCUUCAGCCAGAAGAUCUAGAAGCAGAAAAAUUGAAGAAAGAAAAUGCCAUAAAAGAGCUUAAAACUUUCUGGAAGUACUUGGAACCAGUCCUGAAUAAUGAGAAACCUGAAACAAAUCUCUUUGAUGUUGCUCGACUUGAGCACAUGGUCAAAGCAGCUGAUUUUCCUUCUGACUGGUCAGAUGGCGAGAUGAUGCUGAAAUUGGGCACUGAUAUUUUUGAAAAUAUUGCCUGCUUGAUGUAUGACAUCCUGGAUUGGAAAAGGCAGCACCAGCACUAUUUGGAAAGCAUGCAGCUUAUUAAUGUUCCACAAGUGGUUAAUGAGAAACCUGUAUUAGAAGCCAUGCCAACUUCAGAGGCUCCACAACCUGCUGUACCAGCUCCUGGAAAGAAGAAAGCACAGUAUGAAGAACCGCAAGCUCCACCACCAGUGACUUCAGUCGUCACAACUGAAGUAGACAUGAGAUAUUACAAUGAUUUGCUGAAUCCAAUUCGAGAGGAAUUCAUUUCUGUGCCCCUGAUACUGCAUUGUAUGCUGGAACAGGUUGUUGCAACUGAAGAAGAUCUCGUCCCACCCAGUCUGCGGGAGCCAUCCCCCAGAGCAGACGGGCUAGACCACAGAAUCGCAGCUCACAUUGUGUCCCUUCUGCCCUCACUCUGUCUCUCAGAGAGGGAGAAAAAGAAUCUUCAUGACAUAUUUUUAUCUGAAGAAGAAAAUGAAAGCAAAGCAGUGCCCAAAGGCCCCCUCCUACUGAACUAUCAUGAUGCACACGCCCACAAGAAGUACGCACUACAGGACCAAAAGAAUUUUGAUCCAGUUCAAAUUGAGCAGGAGAUGCAGUCCAAGUUGCCACUGUGGGAAUUCCUUCAAUUCCCUCUACCCCCACCAUGGAACAACACUAAACGUCUAGCUACAAUUCAUGAGCUUAUGCACUUUUGUACGAGUGAUGUCUUGAGCUGGAAUGAAGUAGAACGAGCCUUCAAGGUGUUUACUUUUGAGAGCCUGAAGCUCUCUGAGGUUGAUGAAAAAGGGAAACUGAAACCUUCUGGGAUGAUGUGUGGGUCAGAUUCUGAAAUGUUCAACAUACCAUGGGACAACCCUGCCAGAUUUGCUAAACAGAUAAGGCAGCAAUAUGUCAUGAAAAUGAACACUCAAGAGGCCAAGCAGAAAGCAGAUAUUAAAAUCAAAGACAGAACACUAUUUGAGGAUCAGAAUUUGUCAAUGUCUGUGCAAGAUAAUGAAAGCAACCGAGAACCUUCAGAUCCUAGUCAGUGUGAUGCUAACAAUAUGAAGCAUUCUGACUUGAAUAAUCCCAAACUCUCAGUCCCUGAUAAUAGACAGCUGUUAGAGCAGGGGAGCAUCAUGAAGGCUCAGCCCCAACAUGAGUCUCUGGAGCAGACCACAAACAAUGAGAUCAAAGAUGAUGCAGUCACAAAGGCUGAUUCUCAUGAAAAGAAACCCAAGAAGAUGAUGGUGGAAGCAGAUUUAGAGGACAUAAAGAAAACACAGCAGCGCAGUCUAAUGGACUGGAGUUUUACUGAACAUUUUAAACCGAAAGUACUGCUUCAGGUCCUUCAAGAAGCCCAUAAGCAAUAUAGGUGUGUUGAUUCUUACUACCACACCCAAGACAACUCUUUACUUUUAGUCUUUCACAAUCCAAUGAAUAGACAACGUUUGCAUUGUGAAUAUUGGAACAUUGCUCUUCAUUCCAAUGUUGGAUUCAGGAAUUAUUUGGAACUUGUUGCAAAAUCUAUUCAAGAUUGGAUUACAAAAGAAGAAGCUAUAUAUCAGGAAUCUAAAAUGAAUGAGGAAAUCAUCAGGACCAGAGCUGAGCUGGAAUUGAAAUCUUCUGCUAAUGCCAAACUUACUUCUGCUAGCAAAAUUUUUUCCAUUGAAGAAUCUAAAAGUAACAAAGGAAUCAGCAAAACGGAGAUAUCAGAUCAAGAAAAAGAAAAAGAGAAGGAAAAGAUUCCUUUCAUUUUAGAAGGCUCUCUCAAGGCAUGGAAAGAAGAGCAAGAUCGAUUAGCAGAAGAGGAGCGCUUAAGGGAAGAAAAGAAAGCAGAGAAGAAGAGUAAAGAAGCUGGUAAAAAGAAAGGCAAGGAUAACGCAGAGAAAGAAGAUAGUAGGUCUUUGAAGAAAAAAUCACCUUACAAGGAGAAAUCUAAAGAAGAACAAAUCAAGAUCCAAGAAGUAACAGAAGAGUCCCCCCACCAACCAGAACCUAAGAUAACUUACCCGUUUCAUGGAUACAAUAUGGGAAAUAUACCCACUCAAAUCUCAGGGUCAAAUUACUACCUGUAUCCUUCUGAUGGCGGGCAGAUUGAAGUGGAAAAGACAAUGUUUGAAAAAGGCCCAACUUUUAUCAAAGUGAGGGUGGUAAAGGACAACCACAAUUUUAUAAUUCAUUUAAAUGACCCUAAGGAAAUUGUGAAAAAGGAAGAGAAAGGGGAUUAUUAUUUAGAAGAGGAAGAAGAAGGAGAUGAGGAACAAAGUCUUGAAAUGGAAGUAUCAGAUGCAAAGAAUAAAGCUUUCAGCAAGUUUGGAUCUUUUUCUGCCACCUUAGAAAAUGGAAUCUGCCUCUCGAUAAGUUACUAUGGAUCAAAUGGAAUGGCACCAGAAGAUAAGGAUCCUGAUUUAGAAACAAUAUUGAAUAUCCCUUCAGCACUCACUCCAACAGUGGUUCCUGUUAUAGUGACCGUUCCUCAAAGCAAAGCUAAAGGGAAAAUAAAAGGCAAAGAAAAACCCAAAGAAUCCCUUAAAGAAGAAGAACACCCAAAAGAAGAAGAGAAAAAGGAAGAAGAAGUAGAACCAGAACCUGUUUUACAAGAGACUUUUGAUGUUCCCACCUUCCAGAGCCUAAAUGUGUCUUGCCCCAGUGGGCUCCUGUUGACUUUCAUUGGACAAGAAUCUACAGGUCAAUAUGUUAUAGAUGACGAACCCACCUGGGACAUCAUGGUCCGUCAGAGCUACCCCCAGAGGGUGAAGCACUAUGAGUUCUAUAAAACGGUGAUGCCACCCGCAGAGCAGGAGGCUUCAAGGGUUAUCACCAGUCAAGGCACUGUUGUCAAAUAUAUGUUGGAUGGAUCCACACAGAUUCUCUUUGCAGAUGGUGCUGUGAGCAGGAGUCCCAAUUCAGGUCUUAUUUGUCCUUCUGAAAUGCCAGCAACCCCUCACAGUGGAGAUUUGAUGGACUCUAUUUCUCAGCAGAAAUCAGAAACGAUACCAUCUGAGAUUACCAACACAAAGAAAGGAAAAAGUCACAAAAAUCAGUCAUCAAUGGCCCAUAAGGGUGAAAUCCAUGACCCUCCUCCAGAGGCAGUUCAAACUGUAACUCCUGUGGAGGUUCACAUAGGCACCUGGUUUACAACCACACCUGAAGGAAAUCGGAUUGGCACCAAAGGAUUAGAAAGAAUAGCAGACUUGGCCCCAUUGUUAUCCUUUCAGGCCACAGAUCCUGUCAAUGGAACGGUUAUGACAACUCGAGAAGACAAAGUUGUCAUAGUUGAAAGGAAAGAUGGUACUCGGAUAGUGGAUCAUGCUGAUGGUACCAGAAUCACAACCUUUUAUCAAGUUUAUGAAGAUCAAAUUAUUCUGCCAGAUGAUCAAGAAACAACCGAGGGUCCUCGGACUGUCACCAGGCAGGUGAAGUGUAUGCGGGUAGAAAGCUCACGCUAUGCCACUGUUAUCGCCAACUGUGAGGACAGUAGCUGCUGUGCCACCUUUGGAGAUGGAACAACUAUUAUUGCAAAGCCACAGGGAACAUACCAGGUGUUACCUCCAAACACAGGCUGUCUUUAUAUUGACAAGGAUUGUUCAGCUGUGUACUGCCAUGAAUCAAGCAGUAAUAUAUACUAUCCUUUUCAAAAGCGUGAGCAGCUGCGAGCUGGCAGGUACAUCAUGAGGCAUACUUCAGAGGUUAUCUGUGAGGUUCUGGAUCCUGAGGGAAACACUUUUCAGGUCAUGGCUGAUGGUAGCAUAUCAACUAUAUUACCUGAAAAAAAAUUGGAAGAUGAUCUAAAUGAGAAAACUGAGGGAUAUGAUAGUCUGUCCUCUAUGCACCUUGAAAAGAAUCAUCAGCAAAUCUAUGGUGAACAUGUCCCCAGGUUUUUUGUUAUGUAUGCUGAUGGAUCAGGAAUGGAACUUCUUCGAGACAGUGACAUAGAAGAAUAUCUGUCUUUGGCAUAUAAAGAAUCAAAUACUGUUGUUCUCCAAGAGCCAGUGCAGGAACAGCCAGGCACCCUAACCAUCACAGUCCUUCGCCCUUUCCAUGAAGCAUCACCAUGGCAAGUAAAAAAGGAAGAUACAAUUGUCCCUCCUAAUCUCCGGUCAAGGUCAUGGGAAACAUUUCCCUCAGUUGAGAAAAAAACUCCAGGACCUCCGUUUGGUACUCAGAUUUGGAAAGGCCUUUGCAUUGAGUCCAAACAGCUAGUGAGUGCCCCGGGUGCCAUACUCGAGAGCCCCAGUGUGCUACAGAUGCGCCAAUUCAUUCAGCAUGAGGUCAUAAAGAAUGAGGUGAAACUGAGGCUGCAGGUUUCCCUUAAGGAUUACAUAAACUAUAUUCUAAAGAAAGAAGAUGAGCUGCAGGAAAUGAUGGUUAAAGAUUCCAGAACUGAGGAGGAGAGAGGCAAUGCUGCUGAUCUCCUCAAGCUGGUUAUGUCUUUCCCUAAAAUGGAGGAAACUACAAAAAGUCAUGUUACUGAAGUUGCAGCUCACCUAACUGAUUUAUUCAAGCAAUCUUUGGCUAUGCCUCCAAAAUGCCCACCAGACACAUUUGGUAAAGAUUUCUUUGAAAAGACAUGGAGACACACAGCAUCCUCAAAACGCUGGAAAGAAAAGAUAGACAAAACGAGGAAGGAAAUUGAGACAACACAGAAUUAUCUAAUGGAUAUUAAGAACGGCAUAAUACCACCCUUUUCUAAAUCUGAAUUGAACCAGUUAUAUAAGUCUCAGUAUAAUCACCUGGACAGUCUUUCCAAAAAACUGCCUUCUUUUACAAAGAAAAAUGAAGAUGCAAACGAAACAGCUGUUCAAGAUACAUCUGAUCUUAAUCUAGAUUUCAAGCCACAUAAGGUUUCAGAACAGAAAUCCUCAAGUGUGCCUAGUCUUCCAAAACCAGAGAUUUCUGCAGAUAAGAAGGAUUUCACUGUUCAGAACCAAACUGAAAAUUUAACAAAAUCUCCUGAAGCAGAAGCAGAAUCUUAUGAGCCCGUGAAAAUUCCAACCCAGUCCUUGCUGCAGGAUGUUGCGGGACAAACAAGAAAAGAAAAAGUGAAGUUGCCUCAUUAUUUGCUGAGUUCCAAGCCUAAGUCUCAGCCUCUUGCAAAGGUGCAAGAUUCUGUUGGAGGAAAAGUGAACACAUCCUCUGUUGCAUCUGCUGCCAUUAAUAAUGCAAAGUCAUCCCUUUUUGGGUUCCAUCUUCUCCCAUCAUCAGUCAAGUUUGGAGUGCUUAAGGAAGGACAUACCUAUGCCACAGUUGUAAAGCUCAAGAAUGUUGGAGUGGACUUCUGCAGGUUUAAAGUAAAGCAGCCCCCACCCAGCACAGGACUGAAAGUGACUUACAAACCUGGACCUGUGGCAGCUGGUUUGCAGACAGAACUGAAGAUAGAGUUAUUUGCCACGGCUGUUGGAGAGGAUGGGGCCAAGGGAUCAGCACACAUCUCUCACAAUAUCGAGAUUAUGACAGAGCAUGAGGUUCUGUUCCUACCUGUGGAAGCAACAGUUUUAACAAGCAGCAAUUAUGAUAAACGACCAAAAGACUUUCCCCAGGGAAAAGAAAAUUCAAUGGUCCAGAGAACUUCUACAAUUUAUUCCUCCACACUUGGAGUCUUCAUGUCUCGUAAAGUUUCUCCACAUUAGUUUCUUCUCGGUACAACUCAAUAGCCUCCAUAAUCCUCUCAGCCUACAGAGGAUGAGAAAGGAAAGAAGUCAUCACAACAUACUCCAUCAUCCCAGGACACUGAAACUGGAAGAACUGACCAGAAAUUUGCCAAAUGAAAUAGCUUCAAUCCGUUUAAUAAAGACGUGCCAAUAGAGUGCCAAAAAGCA